UAUAUGCUGUUUGGGCAGGCAACAGUGAAAAUGUGCAUACAGCUGAUAAUAACAAUUUCAACGCUGAGAUUAACAAUAUAAAGGUCGAGUGUGCUUGCGAUAUAAUAAUACUAUGAAGCCGAUUGUAGUUGCCGAUGAAAUGUUCCCAGAAGGUCCAGGACCGUUUAUGGACCUUGAAGAGGCAGGGGGAUCGUCGGGCUUGCUAAUGGAUCUAGCGGCGAACGAGAAAGAUGUACAUGCUGAUUUUUUUAAUGAAUUUGAAGAUUUAUUCGAUGAAGACGAAGAGGCACAAAUGUAGACGAUGGUGAGCUUGUACCUACUGUGAGAUUUGCUGCUGCUGC